GGUAAAUCCAGAUAGAAGCUACUAAUCUACUCUAAUGUCAGUGGGAGCUGUUUCAGUGUCUUGAGUGACAAAAGCCCCUCCAUUGGGUCAAAGUCACAUGUGUGCAUUAAUAGUGAAGGAAGGAAAGACAUUAUCUAUUGUUUUAUGUGGGGACAUGAAGGCUUAGUGUGGGUGUGAAUAUUCUUUAGUAACAGCUGUAUCUGUGUACUGUCUUGUAAGACUAGAAAUUGUGGGGUUUGCUGGUUUUCAAUCAAAAUUUCUUUGAGCUUUUUAUAAUGAGCAGGAAAACCAAAGCAGAAGUCAACCUUGGUUACUUGAUUGUGACUGACUUGGUGUAAAGGCAGGGCCAGAACAAUAGUUCCCCUUAUCAGCGUGCCCAAACUGGUAAAAACCCUUCUGCUGAGCCUGAGCACAAUAUUUGGCUCAGAAUGAGUCAAAAGGCAUGCCUGUGCUGCCACAUGCUUCUGGGCUUGAGAUUGACUUUGUACACAUGAUUUUUGACUUAAGCUGUUCUCCACUGGGAUGUGAGGGAAGGAGAGCAAAACAUCUUUUCAAAGAAAAAGCUUCUUUGGGAAGUUGGGAAAGGUCUUUACUCCUCUUGCCUCUGAGCCCUUGCUUGUUUGUGGUGUGUAAUACUUGCCUGCCUUUUGUACAUUUUUAUUUGUCAUUCCUGCUCAGAGGGAUAUAAACUGUUACUGUUUUUUUUUUUUUUUUAAAUAGGUAUAUUGCAGUGAAUCUGAAGUUGAUAUAAGAGUGAAUUUCUUCUGGGAAGAGAAGCUUCCCUGUAAGGCUAACCCUGAAGAUGUGGACUGCCACUGUGUUCUUCCUGCUGAUUUCUGUCUGUAUAUGUGAACACCAGUUUUCUGUCCUGAAAGGGAGAGGAGUCCAUGUAGUGCAAAUAAACAGGCUUACAAGUGAAGAGCAAUGCAGGCAGGCUUGUCAGAGCCCAGGUGCUUCAGGGAGCCAUCACUGUAAUUGGUCUGUGCCCUACCAGAAUCACUGCCUCUUCCUGCAGUGUCACCAGCUGAGUGUGUGCCAAAAUGCUGGAGAGCAAGACAUCAAAGACCUGCUUGCAGAAAUUGUCGGUGGCAAAUGGGAAACAGCCCUGUUUCAGCACCAGAGCCAUCUGCAGAAAACGGAGAGGAUGCUGAAUGCACAGAUUGACCAACACGGUGUGGAAAACACGUUUUCUUUAGCUGCUCAGACUCACAAUAUUCAUUUGAGGUAUUUGCUUGGGAUUGAGAAGACAGAUGUCACAACUAGUACAAGAAGAAGAAUCACAAGCAAUGCUGCCACCACUGCCCCUGCCAUAACAGCAAACAUAACACUUGCAACUUUCUCUACCACUUAUGGAACAACUGCCAAAGCCUCAAAUACCCCUGGAGAUUCUGAUCCCUUUACUAAAGCCACAUCAUCCUCUGCCUUUUCUCGCCCUCAAGGUAACAUCUCUGCUCCCACUUCCACCCAUGUCACCCAGAUGGUGAUCACCAGCGAAAAAUCAGGAAACGGGUCUGUCUCAGUAUUGUCUCCCACUUCUGCUCCCCUCACUGUUGCUUCUGAAGCAGGUACCCAAGCACAGCAGCCUGGACUGGGUAUCACCAGCACCAGUGCUCUUCACCCUGACAGCUCCACCACUGCUGGAGCUGACCUGAAGUCACUGACCACCCCUAUCCCACAGGAUGCAGGAAACUCUUCCACUGCUUCCACACGUGCCAUGGCCCCCAUCCCAACAGAGACUUCUCACUCUAUGAAUCCAGUGCAUUCUAGCACCUUGCCAGAUCAAAAGCCAGAAGCAAAUACAGCCACAGCAUCUUUGAAUGAAUCAACUUCUAUUCUGGGCUCUACAAGAGGUGCCGUAGUUUUAACUACAGCCUCUACAGUAGCAACUAUGACUGAACAUGGGAUGAAGUCAACAUCUGAUGUCUUUUCAACAACCAUGGCUCCAACAGAUGCAGCCAAAACAACAGCUUCGGGCCUCACAGAAACUCAGGACACAGACAACGAGUAUGUUCUCAUUGCUGCCGAGCCCUUGACUCAGUACUUAGUGGAUAAAAGUUCACUACUUGCUGUGCUUUUAGUUGGUACAUUCUUUUUCAUAACUGUUAUAGUACUUUUCCUCAUGCAGGCCUAUGAGAGCUACAAGAAGAAAGAUUACACACAAGUGGAUUACCUGAUCAAUGGAAUGUAUGUGGACUCAGAGAUGUAAAGAGGUGGGGAUAAAUAGUUGGCCAGAGAUGGAAAGGAGAUUCAAAGUCUGCCUGACUUGUUUUCCCUUUCUAUCUGCCUAUAACACAAACUGAAAGUGCUUCCAAAUUUACUUCUAGUGCAAUUGAGGAGAAAUGCCAUGUACUGUAUUAAGAAAAAAAUAAUACUUUUUUAUUUGACUGUGCAACAGGUUGCUGUAAAAUCAUUAAAAGAGGAAACAAUUUUAACACUUUCAUAAUGCACACUAGCUUUGGCCAUUAUAAUUAAUUGCAAAACAAAUCUAACAAGGUGUAAGUUGCCAUCCUCUGAAAAUGCUGUAGCGCUUUUCAGCUGUUUACAGUGCAGGUUGUGUUUCAUUUUUUCAUGUGUGCUCCUCUGAAAACAGAGCAAAGGAUGCUAUCACCUUUUGUGAAGUGCUCCCAAAUAGCCAGAUGAGAAGUGUGGGGUACUGUUGCAACAGGAGACUUUUAAUCCAGUGAGUGUCAUAUUUCAGUGUGCUUCUUGCUUAUGAAGAGGUCUGUUUACAAGGUAUUGUAAACUCUGUUUACUGCUAACCCAAGGUAUCUUUUCACCACGGAGUGGAUUACUGUGCCUCUGCACUUAAAUGAUCUUAUUUUUAUAUUCAGUUAAUAAAUGGGGCCCUGGAAGGGCAGAUCUUCA